CCGGCGGCAGCGCGGCUGGCUGCUGGCCGGCCACUGCCACUGCCACUGCUGGCUGUCAGCGGCAGGGCUGCAGGUUGCGGCAGGUUGGACUCAAGACCCUCCACCAAAACAAACCGAAAGCGGAGCAGCUGGGCAUCGUCACCUGUCAUCGCAGCCGCACCUUCCAGCAGAGAGCACAGAGGAUUCAUUCAUUCAAUAUCUUCAGUUGAAAUCGCUUUGUAAAAUGGAUGACACCAAGAAACGGAAAAGGAGUGAUGAGGAAGAGUUGGUUGUUGACACGAAACAAAUCCCGUCCAAAUUAUUAAAGUCUUUUCAGGAGAAUGCUUCUCAAGAAUUGAGAACUCCAAAAGCAGAGACCGAGAAACUUUCUGUUCAAUUGGAGACCCCAAAUGGAACUGUCUGUGAUUUAAUGAGUACACCCAAGGGUAAUACAAUCAAACAAUUAGAUUCAGAAACUUCAUCAGAAUCAAAGAGUCCUAGCCGAUCUAAGGGCAAGGAGCUGGUUUCGAAGACUCCAAAUGGAACUGGAUUCAGACUACUCCGGAAAUCUGAGAGCCCAAAAAAAACUGAAAGCAAAGUGCUGAAAGAAUGGGAGACUCCAAAUGGAAACAAAGGCAAGCUGCAGAAUGUAUCCAAGACUCCAAAUGGAACUGGAUUUAGGCUACUCCAGAAAUCAAAGACCCCCAACGAAACUGAAAGCAAAGCGCUGAAAGACUGGAAGACUCCAAAUGGAAUCAAGGGCAGGUUGCGGGGUGGAUCGAAGACACCAAAUGGAACGGAGAGCAACCUGUUGAAGGAAUUGAAGACUCCAAGCGGAGCUGGAGCCAAACUGUCUGAGACGAAGACACCCAAGAGACACUCAGCUCAACGGAAAGGAAGGCUGUGGUGCUGCGACUGCGACGCUGAGGCCAGCGGAGGCUGCGCCGGCCACACUCGCCUGGACCUGGAGACGGCGCGCCACCGCGCUGCCGACGCGCUCCGCGCCGCGCAGAGCACGCUGCAGCGCCUGGACGAGCUGGUGCAGAAGGGGGCGCCGCGCCUGCGGGUCACGGUGACGCGGAGGGGCGGCGAGGGGCAGGGCCUCGAGGAGGACGACGUCCACCAGCAGGACGUGGAGGUCGCGCUGGCCUCCUCCAGGCUGACUGAGAACGAGCGCCGUGUGCUGUGCGCCUACCUGGAGGGCCUGGUGCUGGAGCGGGACUGGCAGCACCUGUCGGCGUCGUCGGCGGGCUGCGAGGCCAUUGCCACCAAGUGCGCCAAGCUGCCCGACCGCCCUGACGGAGUCAUGCUCAAGCCGGGCGCCAUCCUGCUCCUGGGAAUGUCCGACCGAGGCGUGGCGGCGUGCCACGACGUGGGCGACAGCGACUCCGCGGAUGACUCUGACUCGGACGACGACCCCAACAAGAGCUGGCUGGGGGUGGCGCCGCCCGCGCUGCGCAUCUACUACGAGCAGCCCGUGAUGCCGCACCAGGGCCGCGGCGCCAAGGUGCUGGGCUACGUCCGCACCAACCUGGACGCCUUCGCCACGGCCAAGCCGAGGGGGCCAUCGCCUUGGCCGGCGGCUGACUCGGGGCCCGAAGAGCCCAGCCAUGGAUUUGAAGUGGUUUUAUCCAACGUCACCUUAAUUUAGUUUGAGUUUGUCACUAUUUCAAUGCGUAUAACAAAUUCACUGUUCUGAAGCCGAUUUGCUAUUUUUAUUGUCUCUUGUUUCUAAAUACUUUUUAUUGUUUCAAAACCGACCAAUUAAUUUUACUGUAGUUGUUUCAAAAUACUUUAAAGUCUAUUUCAGACACAGUUCAUUGGUUUUAUUGUGGUUGUCCUGUAUUAGUAACGGUGUGCUUUUCCGUUUGCAAUAAAUCUAAGUCAAAAGUGUAAAA